AUGUUAGUGCCAAUAAAUCGAUCUUUUAUUACAGAGACUUCUUUUUUAUUUAUGAAAUGGGGAGGGUGCGUGCUUAAGACAAAGAAAACAACGUAUCGAUUCAAGAGCCAGAUAAUACAGUGUGCACAGAUAGGUGAUUUUAUUGUUGCUGUUCUGGAAAGAAGUAUCAUUUUCAUAGAGAAGUCAGGUGAGCUUAUAAAGCAUCCCACAUGCAAGAUCAGAACAGCUGGGUUCUUGUCUGCAGGCGUCAUAUACUCGGAGGAAGACAGUCUUUGUCUGAAAUACAUAACGCAUCCUUAUGAAACUAUACACUCUUUCUCUCCGAUUAGCCUUCCAUUUGACAUUGUGGCUGCCCAUAAGGAUAGAUUUGUUCUUCUGUGCGGAAGUCCUGAUAAAGUGCAUGUAAACAUAUACAGAGGAGCGCCACCGAAUGCAAGCCUGGUGUUUUCUUCGGAAAGAGAGGGCAUUGUGAAGAUAUACAUAAGAGGAACACGGCAUGCAAUCGUUCAGGAAAAAAGCGUUAUUGUGUGUGCACUGAGCCGGCGUUUGAACGAGUCAAAAGUCAAACGGGAGAUAACCUAUACUCCAGUGUCAGGAGCAGUUGAAAGCGUUAUUCCGAUAAAGAUGACACGCGGGGCGUAUUUUCUGGUGAAUGGUGCAGAGGUAAUAAGUGAGUAUGGGCUUGUGUUUAACAUAGCAAGUAUUCCGCCUGAGACGCUUAGCAAAUACAUCACUCAAAAGGCGCUAGCACAGAUAGAGAUAGUAAAAAGAGGGAAGUACUGUAUAAACGAGCUAUCCAGCUUCUUCCAGUACGCCUCAAGUGGGCAGCGGCUCUUUGGAACAGUUAUGCCCUCGGAAAACAUGCACAGCAUACUCAAGGCGUAUGUUCCGUCCUCUGGAGUGUCUCUAGAUAGUCUCUUUUCGAGCGAAAUAAUGGCUCUUUCGAAGAAGUCAGUGGAGAAGAUCUCAGCGCACAUAGAACAGAUUGCGCAUGUGAUCAAAUACAUCCACACAAUAAAAACCGUUCUUUUCAGAGACAUGGCAAUCCGAAACAAAAACAGCAAUAAAAAACGGGCGUAUCUCUUUUGGAUGCUAAGCACGGGAAGCCUGCCUAAAAAAGCCCUGGAGUACGAGAUAUUCUCGUACAAAGAAGAUCUUUUGCAGAGAUCAAAGAACAUCGGGUACCUUCUUUUGAAAAGCGACCAGAGAAUAAGAGAAAUGCACCAGAUCUUCGCAGAAGAUGUCUCGGUUUCGCACACCCUUGAAGACCCUGAGCACAUUCGAGAGGUGCCCUCUCGUCUGCGAAACACUGGCGUCAUUGAAGAGUGCAAACGGCUGCUCUCUGGGCACCAGGUGUGCGACUUUUUAUUCGACGUGUAUGACACAGAGAACAGAAGGAAAAAAGCGUUUAUUUUUUCCAGUAUAGCCUCAGUUGGGCGCGGUGUCUUUUUUCUGAACAGAAAUAAUCAGGUGAAUGUCUUCCAGGUGCCUCAGCUAAAAGUGUUUCUAAAGAAAAACAGCAAUGUGGUGAGUGCCACAGACCUUGUCGACUGGGACAGCAUGUGGCCUUCCUUCCACUUUGCUGUGGCAACUUCUCUCUCUAUCCCAAACAGACCUUUUAUCUCGACAAGCCACAUUGAAAUAAUGACGCCUCGGUCUUUGAUGGCGCUUGCAGGAUCCAUCUUUGGGUUUGGGCUGAAGACAGCCGUGUGCCAAAACAAUCUGUCAAUAGGCGAAAAGCUGAACCUUUCGCGGUCUUUGAUUCUGUCGCUUUCUAAGAGCCACGACAGCCUUCUGAUAGCAGCAACGGUUCUUGGAAACUCUUUCAUCAUUAAAGAGACGGGGAAUAAAGACCAUGCUAGAAUUAUACGAUUUAACAUGCAGUCCCCCACUUCACCCAGCCACUUGCUCCUCUGGAGCGUUCUUUCGCUGGGAAUUCUGUACAUGGGACAUGACGAUCUUUUUGCCAAACAAGCGCUGAUAGAGUAUAUGCAACGAAAAGGAGCAAUAUGCUCUAGCAGCAUGCCAAAUAAGAAGUCAUACUACGAUAAAUACCACAGAGUUGCAGCAGCAUUUUCGUUUGCGUAUAUAAUGCUGGGCUCGCGUGUGAAAGAGUAUGUGAGGCUUCCCGAUCGGACAUGCGAGAUUAUUGUAAACGGCCUUGUGCAUAUGAAAAGCGGCUGGGAGAAGAUAUCCUCUCUUUUGGAAGAGAACUGUGUGCAGUCCAGCCCGCUUAACAGGUUCUAUGCAUCUCUCAUGACAACUCUCGUUUUGGGAGACACCUCCAAGUACAAAGAGACGCUUAAAGAGGCUCUAGAGGAGGUUAUAUGCGUUGAAAACACAUACAGCCUAGCAGGGAAGAUUCUAGCAUACGGGCUCCUUUUUAUUCCAGAGAUUGGCAAGAAGCCCCAGGAGAAGUUUAUAUCAGACAUCACAAGCCUGCUUUACAAUCUGGAGAGAUCUCGCAGCGAGCAUCCCAUUCUGCUCGACUACACAUUGCUUGCAUGCUGUCUGGUUUUAAACUCAACGGGCGAUCUGUGCAUUUUGGGCACCUGCAAAAGGCUGCUGGACUCUCUGAGGUGCAUAGACGCUUUGGAGAAGAUAACGGACUUCAGCCCUUCAGCUGGAAACUAUCGCGAGCAGUACGGAAUGCGCUUUGGAAGAAUCCAGCACAUAAAAAUGUGUCUUUCUCUUCUUGUCCCAGGGUGUGGGUCAAUGCGCAUCUCGCCCACCCAGAAAUCCAUAGCAUUUAUUGUGACAAGUUUCUAUCCAGAGUUUCCUCUUACUCCCGAGGACCAGGAUGCAUUCCAGGUGAUUAGACACUUUUACUUGUUGUCUCUUGUGCCAACUGAAGACAGCACACAAAAACAAGUGGAUAGAGCCCUUGCGCUUGACAUUGGGGAAGAGCUCAAAACAGCAGAGAAGGUGGACAAGAAGGCAGCAGUUGACAUUAUAACAUCGUACUUUGAAAAAAACAAUUUAAAGUCAUUUAACUCCAACUGCAUAGAAACACUGAUAACAAAUCUGUACACAGACCUAUUGUAG